AGAGGAAAAGUGAAGAUAAACUUGAUUAUUUCAGAAACAAUACAGAAUAUUUAAUUGAUUUGUAUGUAGAAAGUUUCUUAUUUCAGUAUCUUGAAGCUUAUAUUAAAGUUUAAUUUUUGUGAUAGUUUCGAAUUGAAUUUUUGAUCAAAAAUUCUAGUUGGGAAUAAUCCAAAAUCAAAUUCGGGAUUCAUCAUACGUGGACCCUGGGAACAAUUUGAAUUCGACUAUUCGCCACCAAAAACCUGCCGAGUUUGUAAAAUCAAUGGCAGAGGCCCAGUGACCCAUUUGAAGAUGUUAAUAGCAGUCCUGACAUUCGAGUUUUUUGGGUUUUUUUUUUUUCAAUUCAAGUUUAGUCGAAUUCGAUUCGAGUUUUCAGGUCGGUAAUAUUCGUUCGAGGUUUUUUCUUAAAUAAGAUACCAUUUGAAUUUCAAGGUCAUUGGAUUUCUUUCUAAUUAAAAAAAAACCCUCAACAUUUGACCUUUGAUAAACUUGCCCCUUAAUGUUGUAGUUGUAAACUACUUUAGAUGUUGUAGUGAAACUACAACUACAGUAAUGGAGCAGCAUCAGGAGGACGGUAGGUUGCCUGUGAUUGGUUCAAAUAGAUCUGUCCCAUUUUUUCCCCCUAAUUUGUUUCAUUUUAACAUUUCUAUAUUUUUUUUGUAAAGCCGUUAAUACUACUUGUGCUCUUUUCAUUUCCACCUCCUGGAAGUGUAGUCUAUGCUCGAAAUUAUCAUUUUAGACUUUAAUGUUUGCUCAUCGUUUAGAGAGGUUUGUGUGUUUUUCUUCAUUUUUUUUUUUUUUAACAGCCAUUUUUUGGGACUGUGAACAUUCCAUAAUCUAGUGUAUAUAGUUACAGUUGUACAGUUCAGCCUUUUUCUGCCCUUCCAGGAUGUGGUGAGUCGUGAGCCUUAUUAUUAUUAUUUAUAUAUAAGCCUUAUUUGUGGGCGCCAAAUGGGUUCCCAGUAAUUCGGACUUGUGCUCUGCCUUCCCUUUGAAGCAGUGUUUGGCAUGACAUUGUGAUUGGCUCAUUCUUUAUUCUGUGCGUGACGCUCUCUUGUGAACAGUGUUAAUCAUGGGGCACAGAUUUUCAGUUUCUUGUAUCCGACCGCCCCUCGUCCAUGCAGUUGGCCAUGUUUUUGGCUGUGCGUACAGGUUUACAUCUGCUCUAACUGAGUCGAUGCUAAAGAAAUGUUGCAUGCACAUGUUCCCCAAAAACGACUGCGAUUCAACUCACUAAAAUGUUUGUUACAUGAGGUCGGCAGUUGCAGCCUCGGAAUCAAAGUUGGCAGUUGCAGCCUCGGAAUCAAAGUUGGCAGUUGCAGCCUCGGAAUCAAAGUUGGCAGUUGCAGUCUCGGAAUCAAAGUUGGCAGUUGCCGUCUCGGAAUCAAAGUUGGCAGUUGCCGUCUCGGAAUCAAAGUUGGCAGUUGCAGUCUCGGAAUCAAAGUCGGCAGUUGUUGCCUCUGUCCCAUUGUUUCUCAUACAUUAAUAAUGUUCAUCCCCUCCAGUAAACUGAGUGGAAUCCAGCCUCGGAAUCAAAGUUGGCAGUUGCAGCCUCGGAAUCAAAGUUGGCAGUUGCAGCCUCGGAAUCAAAGUUGGCAGUUGCAGCCUCGGAAUCAGUCGGCAGUUGCAGUCUCGGAAUCAGUCGGCAGUUGCAGUCUCGGAAUCAAAGUUGGCAGUUGCCGUCUCGGAAUCAAAGUUGGCAGUUGCCGUCUCGGAAUCAAAGUUGGCAGUUGCCGUCUCGGAAUCAAAGUUGGCAGUUGCCGUCUCGGAAUCAAAGUUGGCAGUUGCCGUCUCGGAAUCAAAGUUGGCAGUUGCCGUCUCGGAAUCAAAGUUGGCAGUUGCCGUCUCGGAAUCAAAGUCGGCAGUUGUUGCCUCUGUCCCAUUGUUUCUCAUACAUUAGUUCAUCCCCUCCAGUAACUGAGUGGAAUCCACUGGAGUCAUUGUGUAAGGCCUGUCCAGCAAAUGCAACCUCUUUGGGGGAUUCUUGUGGGGGGGGGGGGGGGAAAAAACUCCCAAUAUUUUUUUUUUUUAUGUUACUACAUGGAAAGCAAAACAAUGAACUGAUGGCAAGUAAUUAUUGUUGCGCUGAUCAGAUUCCCUCUUACCUGCAUAGUAGCUUUUUAUUAUACAGUAAAUAAACUAUGAUCUUUAAAGUGCCUGAAA